AUGGGAUUGGUCGGAUCCAAAGGUAAGAUCCAAUCACAUUCUAUUGUCGCUUAGUGAACGCUUAGUGAACUAUAGUGAAUACACUCAUUUACACGCACGCACGCACGCACGCACGCACGCACGCGCACACACACACACACACACACACACACACACACACACACAGCCAAUAAUUAUUAUGUAAAGUCUCGAUAAUAAGGACAAGUUCGCCGAAAGUAUCAAAUGAAUAUUAAUGUCAAAACGCUUUCUAGUAGCUUCGAUCGCUCAGUGUGGAUGCGUCAUCAGACGCAUCUGAUAAGAGAACUUUUUUUGGCGAGAUAAACAAAGUUGUUCUGUCGCUAUCAUCAGUCGUUGCUCGUCAUGGCGUGCAGCAUGCAGAGAUAUUGUUGAGGGCCGGUCGUUUGUGCCAUGUUAAUUCUACGAGACAAAUCUCCUCCUCCAUGGCGCUCCGAGGGAGACCCGCCUUCAAUUGGGAGGAUCCGUUUGAUCUGGAGUCGCAACUGACGCAGGACGAGAUCCUGAUGCGGGAUCAGUUCCGUUCCUACUGUCAGGAGCGGCUCCUGCCGCAGGUGAUCGAGGCAAACCGCAAGGAGCACUUCGACCGGGAAAUCAUAAGGCAGAUGGGUCAGCUCGGGGUGCUGGGCUGCACCAUGAAGGGUUACGGCGCCGCCGGGGUGUCCUCGGUGGCUUACGGGCUCCUCGCCCGGGAGAUUGAGAGCGUCGACAGCGGAUAUCGAUCGACGUUGUCGGUGCAGUCCUCCCUCUCGACUGGUGCGAUCUACAUGUUCGGCAGCGAUGCCCAGAAGAACCGAUUUCUACCUAAAAUGGUUACCGGGGGAAACGAUCGGCUGCUUCGGUUGACGGAACCUAAUCACGGUAGCGACAUAGGGUCCAUGGAGACUAGGGCGACUUACGAUUCCAAUAAAAAGGUUUACAGAUUGAAUGGCAGCAAAACAUGGAUCUCAAACUCGCCCAUUGCCGACGUGCUGGUGAUAUGGGCGAAAUGCGAGGACGGUCAGAUUCGCGGGUUCAUCGUUGAAAGGGAAGCUGCGGGAGAUCGAUUAUCCACUCCAAAGAUCGAAGGGAAGUUCUCUUUAAGGGCGUCCAUCACCGGUAUGGUUCUCAUGGAUAAUGUAAUCGUGCCGGAGGAAAAUGUAUUGAACGUUCAGGGACUCAAAGGACCGUUCAGUUGUUUAAACAACGCACGGUACGGCAUCGCUUGGGGUGCACUGGGCGCGGCGGAGGCCUGCUUGAAAAUCGCCCGAACUUACACCUUGGACAGGAAACAGUUCAAAAGACCGCUGGCGGCGAAUCAGCUCGUGCAAAAGAAAUUGGCGGAUAUGAUGUCCGACAUCGCGAUCGGUCUUCAAGCUUGCUUGCGAGUCGGUAGACUGAAGGACGAGAACAGAGCCGCGCCGGAAAUGAUUUCCAUCAUAAAGAGAAACUCGGCCGCCAAAGCAUUGGAGAUCGCGCGAGCCGCGCGAGAUAUGCUGGGCGGAAAUGGGAUCUCGGACGAGUACCACGUGAUUAGGCACGUGAUGAAUCUGGAAACGGUGAACACUUACGAAGGUACAAGCGACAUUCACGCGUUGAUUCUCGGGAGGGCGAUCACCGGUAUUCCCGCGUUCACAGGAUAAGCGAGUUGAAUGACAAGACUACACGCCACGUGCCGUUUUUCCUAUUUACGAGCAUUGGACACGAUCGUUUACCGCGUCGUCACCGUCGAUUCUUUCGUUUCUGCGCUCAUUAAUUAUACUUUUUAUAACGAGAGUUAUUUUUGUACAUUUUGAUACCGAUGUAUUAAAGAUGUAUACCGAUGUGUCGAACGGUUAAAAGUAUUUUUGUCUCUUUUACUGUUUUAUAGGUUGAGGUCAUAAUAAAAUAUAUAUUGCACACGGUCGAUAUUUUCUACGAAAAAUACGACAGCGAUGUGUUUCCCCCCGUCCUCCUCGUCCCCCUCUGGCAUCCUCCUCGCAACCGCGCACCUUCGCAGAUCGUCGCGUGUCUCGUUCCGCAAUAAUACUCUAAUCACUCGACAUACUUCAUUGCUCGUUUAUUCUCUACGUUUUAACAAUUUCACGGAGCGUGCUCUCUUUUUCACUAUGCAUCAUUCUCGCUCUCGCUAUCGUCCCCCGUUCUUCCGCCCUUCACUCCGUUCGUUCAUUCGCCCACGAUGGCAGCUGUGCACGCGUGGCUCUCGAUGGAAAACACUCGUCCCCGGCGGAAGGGUUGGCAACUUCCGUUUUUUCUCCUCGCUUUCCCUUUUUUCAAGACCGAUUUUGCGAAUCCGCGGGAUUCCGGAAGCGCGCGGCCGAAAUCAACUUUCACGGGAUCGCGUCAACGGAAGCGCGCUCGAAUCCCGAACAGUAUUCUCUGUUACAGCUCGAAAAACGUGACAGCUCUUGAAAAUUAAAACGCGCCGUCGUGGAACGUGUUAUCGGCACACUAUAUUUGUCGUGCGUACUGAAUACGCGCCCGCAAAGGAACAAAAACCUCUAAAAGACGUCCACAAAAAAUUAAUAAAUUCUGCGUUACAUACACGCCAAAAAAAAUUUUAUUCUUGUGCUAAGAAAAGCAGUUUGUCAUUUGUUAUAGUUUUCUUCUUUUAAAUAACGAUUAACCCUUUCACUCUCUCAUUCUCUCUUUCUCUUGUUCAAUCUAACGACUAAGCCUCCGUAUAAAUAUAGUAUGCAUCUAUAUAUCUAUGUAUAAGUGUUCAGUGACUUUAGUGACUGAUCUGAUUACUAAAUGAAAAUAUAAAAAUCUACACGUCAGAGCCUACGGUUGUCUCACUUGGUUAUACACGAUGUCGGGUGGCCCGGUCGUUUUCGCGCGAUUCAUGAACGCGAUGGAUCGCGGAUGUCGCGUGUGUGUAUCACAAAUAAGCGCCGCGCGUACCCAACACACGGUCGGGAAGUUUGAAACUAAAACUGCUCUCCGCUCGGAAAAAGGAAGGUAACAAAACGACGGAGUCCGUCCCACACUCCACGAGAUGUCUUCGUUAUUUCAUUAAGAACUUGUCUAAAAGCAAGCACAAAGCCGAGCAUCUCCGUUGCACCGUUGAAGUCUCUCGAAACGUUUGAUCACUUAUGAGGUAAUGAAACCAAAUGACUAGAAGUAACUUUCCAACUAUAAAGAAAAUAGGUGUCCACUUAUAAAUAUUGUCGCAAUUUAAUAAUCAUAAUUUAAUAAUUUAAAUUAUUAAUUAUUUCGAGAUACGUGUACGAAGGUAAUAAUAAUAUUGUCAAGCAGAAAGAAACCUGAUCUGGCAGCCAAGUGAUUAACAACAGCGACGUAAAUUUCGAGCUUGACAGCAUUUUGGACAACGCCUUUUGGUCAAACGAUUAUUUUUCAUUUCUCACACGUGAACUGAAUUCCAAUUAGAAAUUUACCAUCGAUUUAAUGAUCCAUAAUUCGCUGAACAUUUUCUAAGGGAAUGCAAUCUCUGUGACGAAGCUGUGAACGGUAUGAACUGCCCUAAAAGAAAUUGCGAGCAAAUAAUAAAAGAAUGCGAUUUCUAUCGGUAUAGCGCUCUACCACGAAGCGUCAUCGCAAUUGCCUUCGAUCGAUCGAUCGAUCGAAUUAUCUCUCGGACUUGAUUGCACACUUGAUCCGCAGUAACAACAACAACAACAAGGGCGUCAACACAAGCGACUCGAGUAAUCAUAAAUAAAUUAAGUUUAAUUGCUAAGUAAUAAAACGUUAAUUACAUAUGUCAAUGAUAAUUAAUUUAAGUUUACAACACACGUCUCGUGCAAAAGUGUAAAGAACGUUUGUCUUUUUUCUUUUUUUUUUUUUCGUGCUACACUCAAUACCAUUGUUGUCUUUUGUUUUUUUUCUUGUUACGACUUAAUGUUGAAUGUAUGUCGCGCAUGUGUAGGUACAUGUAUGUAUGUGUGUGUUUUGUGUGUAUGUAGGUGUGUAUUUGCGCGCGCGCGCGUGUGUGUGUUAAUGAUUUUCGACUACAAUAAGCUCUUGGUAAAACGUAGUAACAUUGUAGUUUACAGUAGUUUACAAUCGCCUCUUCUCUCUCGCGGCCCCCGAUCGCGGAUGCGUAUAUGUGUGUGUAUGUGUGUCUAUUACAUAAUUACACAUCUCGGUACACAUGCCGGGAUCGAAGCCCCUUGCCCCCGCUCCGCGCGCGCCUCUUUUUCUCAGGUCUCGCCGGGGGGGAUGGUACGUCCGCCCCGGGAGGGAGGGGGCGAGGAUCUCGCGGGGGAGGAGUCGCGCGUCCUCAAACCCUUGCGCGAGUUGUUCGAUCCCGUCAUCUUCACAAGUAUCGAUUCGUCGGCCCGUCGACCGCGCAAGAAAAUUCAAUGGCACGAACCGCGAGCCGUCGCAACAACAACGUCGCUCGAGCUCGUGUAACCACACUUGGUUGCCUCUACUAACGGAUAUACGUAAUCGUAUAAAUAAAUUAAUGACUCGCCCUCUUUCUCUCAUUCUCUCUCUCUCACACACACACACACACACAUACACACAUACUCACACUCUCUCUCUCUCCUCGCAAUUUCGCUCGACUUAUAUACGCACACACACGCGAUGGACACUCCCGAUCGAUUUCCGCUCUCCUGCCGACGUUAACAAACUCACCCCCCCCCUCCCCCUAAACCCGGACCUCUCGCUCGUAACAUUGUCAUCGCGAUUGUCGACGAGGAUAUUAAAUUACACGCUCUCUCUCUCACACAUAUUUUCCUCGGACAUCGGUUUCCAUCGGGCUUGAGGUUGUCAGUCGCGUUUCCUCGGUGGACGAGAUUAUCCUCUCGCGAUGCGGAACCUCCUUUCCUCCUGCGCUCUUCUCUCCCCCCGCCUGAGGAAUGGAUCGGUGACAACGAAGCGAUCGGCGAUUUAACUCGGCGUUUUACUGAUACGUGAUACACGCUGUCUUUCGUCUACACGCGGACCUUCCCCCGAAUUUCCGACCGGAGCCCCGACGCACCGUCCUCAUCUGCGCCAAUUGCCGCGGUUGCCGUCCGCUCUCCCCCUUUACAUCCGGAGGAUGGACCAGCAGCUGCCCACGGCGCGAAAACGCUCGCGCGUUACAGUAAAUAUAAUAAUAAUAAUGUAUUACCUGCUUUUGCACUUGUAUUUUACAUUAUUUCGUCUCUGAUUAACUAAUCGAUACCUUAUUGUCGUACGAACUGCUCUCUGUGUUUUCUUUCCUUCUCCCUCCCUGUCUCUCUCUCUUUCUUCCUUUCAGCUUUUCUUUUCGUCCCGUUCGAGAAGAAAUCGCCAUCCCGAGAAUUUUUAGCUCUUCGUCCCGUUUUUCGCUUCGUAAUUUAUUUAUGAAAACCCGAACGAGCCGAGAUAGCAGUCACAAUAUAGGUCGUAGCCUGCGUUCGUUUUCUUUCUCUCUCUCUCUCUCUCUUUUUUUUUCUCUCCUUUAUUCUACGGGGGUGUGGAAAGUUCUUGAGAGAGUGAAAAAUUGUGGAGUAGUGUUAUCUUCCCUCUCUAGACUCGAACGGACGAAAGCGGUAGACUUUUAUCCCGCCCGAGAAGAAUCGUGUCUCCGGGCCUCUUUGCGUUUCUUUGUUUUUUUUCCCUCCCCUCUCCUUUUGCUCGUCCUCCUCAUUCACAUUCUCCCCGCCGAUUCUCUUACCCCCCCCCCCUGUCCGUGAAAAAACGAAAUGAAAAGUUCUCUGCGAGCGGGGUGGAAACUAGAUCGAUAUAGACACCUAAUAUUGUACGUUGUCGUCGUCGAUAGUUUCUAAUCCACUGGAUAUGUGUCACGUAACGAUGUAACUAUCGAGACGAGCCCCAUCUCAGCGCAAUAUAUAAAUAGAUCAUCGAAUUUUAUUCUUCCGCGCUCUCUUUUUUUUUCUCAAUUUCUCUCGCAAUCUCUCUCUCUUUCUCACUUUCACGCUCAAAUUUAAGACGCGCAACAGUCGUUAUCGAUCGAUCGAUCGAUCCGAUUGUCGAUUAAAGAUCGAAGAUCGCUCGAUAAUCGCCUCCGCGACGAUCAACACCGCCCGCCGUGAUCGACGGUAAUAAUAUCCGUAUUUUAUAUUUAUAUAUAUAUAAUAUUAUAUAUAUAUAUAAUUUAUUUAUACUUAUGUCCAUAUUUAUAUUCAUAUUUGCAUUUAUAUUAUAUUUAUAUCUGUAUUUAUAUUUAUAUUUGCAUUUAUGUUUAUUUAUAUCGUAUAUCAAUUUAUAUAUAUUUAUAUAUGUAUAUUUUCUACGCUCUCUGUUCUCGUAUCUCUGGUUUGUUUUCUUUCAAUGCGGUGAAUACGUUUCCUUUUUCCUUUCAAUUAUUAUACGGCACCUCACGUCGUCUUUAUUUCUUCUGUUAUAUAUAACAAAAACACCUCGCGCACACGUCUGCCGUCGCGCAGCAGUUAAUAAUCAACUGUAAUGUGGCAAUCGUAGCGACACCCGAAUCUUCCCUUUCGCGACUAAAGUUGUAUUUACACCCUUGCAUCGUACAUCGUCGGUCCUGUCCACUAUGUGCGUCCCUCUCGUGUUGGUGUGCGUGUGCAUGUGUGUGUGGAUGUAAUAUGCGCGUCCUCAAGAUUAAAUGAGCUUCACGGAUCAAGCCAUGGUUCUCCUCAUUUCGGCAUCGAGUCAACAAUAGUCACAUUUUUCUUCCCGGUAAUCAAAAGUUUCGUAGGAAUUCUACAAGUCGUAAUAAAAUAAAUACAAAAAUUUUACAGGACUUUAGUGUACGUGUUUGUCUUCAUACAGCACGAAAGCUUGCAGCAAUAUUGUUGCAAUUUUGCGAAGAUUCUCUUGCAAUAUUAUAUCACUGUAAUUACUUCAUCAACGUUGCAGAAACGUAAGGGAGAAUAAAAGAGCGCAGCAUUAUGAAAUUUUUCAUUUACAUUUCAAUGAAAUGAUUCUUUGAAGGGGCGAGUUUCCAAGUUCUAAAACAAAAAUUAAUGAGAUAUGACAGUAAAAUUUUUUCCACAUAAAAAAAUUUAGGGGCAUAUAACAUUAUUGGAAGUUACAUGUAACAAAAUGUGUUAGUAUAAUGGCACUUGAAAUAUCAAUCGCAUCAAAAAUGUUACAAUACAUUGCUGCAACCCAUUUCGCAAUAUUUAAAUAUUGCUGCAUCUGUCCGCGCUGUACGAGAAGGUAUCAACAUCCGCGCGUUGUCGUUCGAAUUGCAGGAUUAAAAUGAUAGUCGAUCACUUUCGUCAACUAAUUCGCGAACUCGAAUGAAUUGCCGAAAACCGUAGUGAAGGAACACGCGUCUCAUCUCUCUCGAUGUGUCGACCGCGAGCGUUAAAUCCCGUUGGAAUUCUUGCGCCUUGUCAUGUUGACCCAACUCGUCCUCCGCGAGGGUGGAACUCGUGUAAGAGAGAACACUCGACGCCCUCGUUGACCCCCGCAUUUUUCUCUCUUUCCAACUCACCCUGUCUCAUUCUCUCGUCUACGAUUUUUAACACAGAGUCCUAUUUCAACAUUUUCUCCCCAGAAAAACAGCGCGACGGGCGCGCGAGCGCGCAUUUUUUUCUCUUAAAUAUAUAUAUUAUCUUAUAUAUAAUUAAACACUGUUAUUAUUACAAUAAUAUAUAUAUAUUAUAUAUAUAUAUGUUUACUUUGUACUAUAUAUGAUCUUAAACCGACGACCGAGGAGGCCGCUCGCGUCUCUCUCUCUUGGUACCGUGUAUUUCUAUCUUCGCGUCUCGGAAGGAAUCUCGCACAUCCUCUCGUCCUCUCGACACAACAGCAGGCUCCUUCGUCGAUGCAGGAGGCGGGAGCCAUUCCUUUCCGUCGUCUCGAGCCGACUGCCGCCGAUUCGCCACCGGGUUUAAAAUUCAGCACGGAGCGCACAAGUAAACUCCAAAUCACACUCAGAACCGUGAUGCUCGCUUUGAAUGACCGUUUAUUUGAGACGUCUCGUAUGUGAAUAAAUUAAUAAGAAUAAAUAAUCAGAGCAGCGUCGAAAAGAUGCUAAUCAAUUCAUGUGCAACGUUAAGGAGAUACGUGUACUCGGUGUGUGUGUGUGUGUGUGUGUUGUAUGUGUGUGUGUGUAAAAAAACUCUUAUUCUUUAGAGAGGAGAUUGUUGCUGUUUGUUGCACGAAAGCGGUAACAUACCUCGAGUCGCCAUGCACACUAAGGGGAUUCUCAAUAUAACUUUACAAAAUAUUACACAAUAAAUUACACGCUUUCUCUCUUUCUCUCUAUUUCUCUUUCUCUCGAUGACGAGCUUGCUUAGCGUAGCUUUCGAAAGCCGCUUCAAGCGCGUCGCUCGCGCAUCCACCUUUUUCUCUUUACCCUAAAAUAUAAUAAAUUAAGUAACAUGCCGUAGGUAACAUCGCCGGAACGAACAUCGAACGGGCGUUCGCGUGCAAAAAAAAAGAGACGUUCCAUGUUCGCGGGACGAAGGAUCGCAUAUAUCAGAUAAAACUUGCACUCGGUCGAGCGAUUUCUCUUGUGUUUCUCGAGAAAGCUCGAUUUUUUGUGUAUCGAAAACUCGUCGCUUCUCAAAAAUGAUUAAUUUCGAUUAAUUUCAUCACACAAAUGACUUUAAAUUUUGUUUAUUUUCCUUGAAUUUAUGUAAUAAGAGAAAUAAAAAUAAAUGUAUCCCGAUCCUUCUUUUUGGAUUGUAAGACUUGAAAAAAAUAAAAGAAUUGUAAUUAUCACAAAACCGAUAAAGUCACCCGUACAUGAAAUGAAUUAUUUUCGCAAUCAAUUCGUCCCUCGAUACUCCCGGAGAUCGUUCUGUCAAUUCCCGAUUGAAUCUCGACGCUCGCGAUUCAUUCUGUACGAUUAAUCCGACUAGCAUAAUAAAUGAUCCUCUUGCGAUCGCACGGAAAAAAAAAAA